GUGCAGCCUGUCGCAAGUGUAGACGUCAUGCUCAUUUGAGGAAUACAUCACGGCUUCUGUAGUAGCACUAGUAUGCAUCACGUUUUAUGUGCAGUAUUAUCGUAUGGACAAUAGUGUGUGUUAUUUUGAGUGUUUAUGCUGCGUGGAGCCGCUGCAUUUGCAGAAAGCGGAAAGUAGAGCAUGACGCCAUGAGCUGAGCGCCGAAACAUUUGAGAUCAAAGGCACCGCAGCUGAGAUCAGAGGCACUGGCCGCGAGCGCUUACAUUUGUUGCCAUGCAGCAGUCCGAGAGCGGCGGAGUGGCGGCGACUUCUGAAGUCCAGUUGAACGAGCAGCCGAACGCGCUCAUCGCGUGUAAAGUGCCCGAAGAGGUGUUUAAUGAGCAUCAGUUAAAGUGAAUUAUGCAUCUUAAGACCACAAAGUGCAACAACUGCUGUCUAGUGGCCUCACUAGUGGAUCAUGAAGUAUUCAGAGGACCAGAGCUUCGGGAGCAAUUUGAGGCUUUAUUCCGUGCGUUUGAUCCAGGCACGUCGUUCCAGUUCUUCAAAAGCUUCAGACGGGUUCGGAUCAACUUCACAGAUUCUCUGGCUGCAGCCGACGCCCGAGUCAAACUCCACAAGAGUGACUUCAAUGGAAAGGAGAUGCGGCUGUAUUUCGCUCAGUCCGUACAUAUCGGCAGCCCUCGUCUUGAGCCUCCCAAACCAGAGAAGCAGUUCCUGAUCUCUCCUCCAGCGUCGCCCCCUGUUGGAUGGGAGCAGUCUCUGGAUGCCAAACCAGGCAUCAACUAUGACCUGCUGUGUGCUUUGUCCAAACUGGGACCAGGUGAGCAGUACGAACUUCAUACUGGAACCACCGACACACCCAGCGUGAUCGUACACGUGUGCGAAGACGACAGCUCAGGGGGUGAGGAAGAAGCAGAGGGCGGCAAACGUGCACGCCCUAGAAUCAUUCAGACGCGCCGCCCAGAUUAUGUCCCUUCAGUAAACCAGUGAGCAAGUCCGGGCCGUUUUAUCUGCUUGACCAACAUGAGAAGAACUGGGAAGCAUGCAGUUUGUCAUCCUUACCACCAGGGGGUGGUGAGCAUCAGAGCCUCUUACUAGUUAGCGAGGACGUUGAUCAUUCUCAUAAUCUCGUGUUUCAUUUCUUAAGAUCCAUCGCAGAUGGAAUCAGGGACUUGGGAAAGUUUCUCUCGUAUAAAAAAUGUCAUUAUUUGCUUGACGUCACAACUGUGUAUUUUAAUAAACCGAGAGAAUAGCGAUUGAAAAUGCGAGAUCUACACAAGAAAUGUUUGUGUAGCACAAAGAAACUGAAUAUUGUGUCUGAAGUGUUCAGUGUGUAUUAUUUGGGGCCACUUCACAUGUACUCACCGUCGUUAUCAUGUAUGAUCUCUAAUGUUAAAGGAAUAGUUCACUCACAAAUGAAAAUUCAGUCAUUAUUCACCGAGUAUCUUCCCAUCCAUCACGGCUAUCAAUCUCAUUUGUUUAUGCGCAUUCAAACUUGCCACAUCAAGACACAUUGUGCAUCUCGUAACCGAACAUGAUGCGCCGCAUGUAAUAUGAAAAUAAGAUCUGAGAGCUACGUCAGAGGGGAAUAUCUUCUUCUUUUGUAUUCGACUGAAGUCAAACAGGUUUUGAACAACAUGAAAGUGAGUAUUUGAUGACAGAAUUUUAAUUUUUUUAAGUGAACCAUCCCUGUAAGUCAAUUAAGCACAUUUGUACAGUCUUUGAAAAGUCAUUAUUGUUGCUGAAAUACUUCACAAACUCCAAGUAUUAUGCACUUUAAGAAUAGAGCCUUAUACCAUGGUAAACAGACAACAUCAUCAAGUACUUGUCUUUGUUUCUUGAAUCUGUUACCAGAAUCGCUCGUGCUCUACUGUCUUUGGAGAAGUUGUCCUCUUUACUGUAGGAGACAUUCGAAUGUCAUCCAGUGACUUAAAGCAACUAUAACUUACUGUGUAUAUUUGAUGUAUUUGAAUGUAACCCAUAUCUUGAAAAGCUUCAGGAUUUCAAUAAAAACACAAAUUAAUCUCAUUCAUUAGCAAGAAUAUGGAGCGAGAAAGCCAUUAACCUACCUUUAAUAAAACAAUCUUGACCAAAGAA